CAGUCAAUUGAAAGCUGUCGCAUCGGGCUAACCGUCGGGAAACCAGUGUAGAACAAGUGUAAGGAUCUGUCCAACAUAAGAAAUCUUAUCAAUUGUUUGAUAUCAAAAGUGCGAGUGGUAAUCCAAUAGACGUGAAUACGUCAAUCUGUCACGAUAAUCGAUAAUGUGGUGGUUGUUCGGUUUGUAAAGUGCCAUUUGGAAAAUAUCCUAUAACUGUUGGGAUCAUCCAAUGACAUUCGAGGAGUUCUGUGGAGGUCCCUUCCGGGACGGACAGCUGGAAUGGCGGUCGGACAGCCCGGACCUAACGUUCUGCUUUCAACGGGUCAUCCUUCAGUGGAUUCCCAGUUUGUUUCUGUUCAUCUUUUCCGUUCAUGAAAUUUACAAGUACGGUUCCUCCCGGCACCGCUGCAUCCCCUGGAAUGGGUAUAACAUCUCGAAGAUGCUGGUUACCUUUAUUUUGAUGUGCAUGAAUUGGAUCGACCUCGGAAUGGUCGUAACGUACAAAGAAGAGAACGGUUUGUUCGAUGUGCAAAUUGCGACGGCGGUCCUCAACGCAAUUUCCUAUAUUGUAAUGCUGUUAUUGUACUUUUUCCAAAGAAAGUACGGAAUCCGAAGCUCCGGAACCAUAUUCAUUUUUUGGUUCAUGCGAAUGUUUUUCGGCAUUUUCCAACUGCGAACGGAAAUUUUGAACCAGAACAAUUGGGAGUAUCAAUACAUCAGUUACAUAAUCCAGUAUUCCUUGAUCUGCCUGAUUUUGGUACUGGAGCUAUUUCCAGAUCAGCAACCGAUCUACAGCGAUUAUCCGGAGGCGAAGUAUCCGAAUCCGGAGUUGCGAUCGAGUUUCUUCGUUCGGCUGUUUUUCUUCUAUUUCGACUCGUUCACGUGGAGAGGUUUUCGGAAUCCACUGACCAUGGACGAUAUGUACGACAUAAAUCCGCAGGAUACAUCGAAGGAACUGGUGCCACCGUUCGACAAGUACUGGAAUGAGAGUGUGGAAAAAGGAUACAAGAAGCAAUUGUCAAUCGACAAGAAAGCUGGGUUGCCCAUAACCGAGUUCAAACCGUACGGCGAGACCAACGGAUCGGUUUUGCCGGCCAUGGUCAAAGCGUACGGGGGUCCAUUCUGGUUUUCUGGAAUAUUUCAGCUUGCAAUAGCUUUAUUGCAAUUUGCUUCGCCGUUUCUUAUGAGGGAGCUGAUAGCUUGGGUCGUUUCCGAUGGGAUCGUAUGGAAGGGUAUCAUACUGACAUUCGGUCUGUUCGCGACAUCGAUGCUGAUCGCACUGCUGAACGCCCAGUACUACCACAAAACGUUUCUCACCGGAUUCCGGAUACGAACCGGUUUGAUCAGUGCAAUUUACCGCAAAGCCCUGCGCAUCUCGAGUUCGGCCAAGAAAGAUACCACCGUGGGAGAGAUUGUGAAUCUGAUGGCAGUUGACGCCCAACGGUUCUACGAGCUUGUACCGUUUCUGCACGUGUUGUGGUCCGGUCCACUGAUUAUUGCCCUUUGCCUGUACUUUCUGUAUGAAAUCUUGGGUGUGGCAGUUUUUGCCGGUCUAGGAGUGAUGAUUGUCAUGACUCCGAUCUCCGGAGUGAUGGCAGUUCAAAUGCGGGAUCUGCAAGUCGAACAGAUGAAGAUCAAGGAUGAUCGUGUGAAGAAGAUGAACGAAAUUUUAAGCGGAAUCAAGGUAUUGAAAUUGUACGCAUGGGAGAAAAGUUUCGAGGAUUCGAUCCUGGAAGUGCGUAGUAAAGAAAUUGGUAUUCUCAAAAAGAUGGCGUACUACGGAGCGGGAGUUUACUUCACCUUCACCAUCGCUCCCUUUCUGGUCACUUUGGUAUCGUUUGCCGUUUACGUGCUUAUGGAUGAACAGAAUCAUUUGGAUCCUCAGAUCGCGUUCGUUUCUUUGGCGUUGUUCAAUAUUUUAAGAUUCCCGCUCGGAUGGCUGCCGAUGUUGGUGACUUUUUCAAUGCAGGCUUGGGUUUCCAUCAAGCGGAUCAACAAAUUUAUGAACAGUGUCGAAUUAGAUCCCAGUAAUGUCACCCACGAUAAAAGUGAUCAAGCCUUAUCCAUUAAGGAUGGAACGUUUUCCUGGGGUGAUGAAACUCCCACGUUGAAAAACAUUCACAUGUCGUUACGAAGAGGUCAGUUGUCGGCCAUAGUCGGAGGUGUUGGCACUGGGAAAAGUUCCCUGAUUUCCGCUUUGCUUGGAGAGAUGGAGAAACUGAGCGGAUCGGUGAAUACGGACGGAUCGAUCGCGUAUGUUCCGCAGCAGGCUUGGAUCCAGAAUGCGUCGUUGCGUGAGAAUAUCAUUUUCGGAAAACCGUUCGAUCUACGAAAGUACGAUAAAGUGAUCGAAUGUUGUGCCCUCAAACCUGAUCUGGAGAUGCUGCCGGCUGGAGAUGCCACGGAGAUUGGCGAAAAAGGGAUCAAUCUUUCCGGUGGACAGAAACAACGAGUUGCCUUAGCCCGAGCCGUCUACACCGAUGCAGACAUUUACUUGUUUGAUGAUCCGCUGAGUGCCGUUGAUGCCCACGUUGGCAAACAUAUAUUCGAGCAAGUGAUCGGUCCGGAAGGAAUGCUGAUGGGAAGGACGAGACUUUUGGUAACGCAUGGAAUCUCGUUCCUACCGUUCGUGGAAGAGAUCUUCGUUGUGAAGGAUGGCGAAAUAUCGGAGAGUGGUUCCUAUCAGCAGUUGCUAGAUCAGAAAGGAGCAUUCGCCGAGUUUUUGACGACGCACAUUCAAGAUUUAGACGAAGAAGACGAAGAAUUGCAGUUACUCCAGGAAGUGUUGAAGGACGAAUCAUCCAAGAAAAUAGUGGAACGAGCAAUAUCCACGCAAUCCAACCAGUCGGACGAACGGAAAAUGAAGAAACGAAUCAGUCGUCAAGACUCUAAAAUGAGCAUCGGUAAGGACAAUGCAGCGGCAACCACCGGUAACGUCGACAAAGCCAAACUGAUAGAACAGGAGGAAUCCGCAACCGGAUCCGUAACGCUUGCGAUCUACAUGAAGUACAUUAAGGCUAUCGGUUUGUCGUUCGGGUUUUGGUCGGUAGUUUUCAGUAUCAUCACUCAGGGAGCGGGAAUCUACUCCAGUAUUUGGUUGACCGAUUGGUCAGAAGAUCCGGAGGCGAUAACCGACACUACGGUACGGGAUACGUACCUCGGAGUUUACGGAGCCUUGGGAGGCGUUCAGUCGAUUGCGUUAUUCAUCAGUUCGGUUGCCUUGGGGUUGGGAAGCUUGACGGCUGCAAAGCAACUGCACGAUCGUCUUCUGGAGAGUUCGAUGCGGAUGCCUAUGUCAUUCUUCGAUACGACUCCCCUCGGUAGAAUUAUCAAUCGGUUUUCGAAGGACGUGGAUGUCAUGGAUAACGUCCUUCCGGCUACGAUUCGGGCGUGGUUGUACUUCUUUUUGUCCGUGAUCGGAGUGUUUGUCGUGAUCGGUAUUUCAACGCCGGUCUUCCUGGCGGUCGUACCUCCGUUAGCUGUGAUUUACUAUUUCGUCCAGAAGAUCUACAUUGAGACGUCACGGCAGUUGAAACGCUUGGAAUCGGUCACCAGAAGUCCUAUCUACUCCCAUUUCGGAGAGAGUAUCAACGGGCAGUCUACCGUUCGGGCCUAUAAUGAGCAGAACCGGUUCACGCUGGAAUCGGAGAAAAGGGUCGACUAUAAUCAGAAGGUAACCUACUCGACGAUCUUGGCGAGUUGUUGGCUUUCGGUACGGCUGGAAAUCAUUGGCAGUUUGGUUGUGCUGUUCGCUGCUUUGUUUGCGGUAUUGGCCAAAGAACGGAUUGGACCGGCUACGGUUGGUCUUUCGAUUUCCUAUGCUUUGCAGAUUUCCGCAACCUUGAGUUUUAUGGUCCGAAUGACAGCCGAAGUUGAAACGAACAUCGUGGCAGUUGAACGUUUGCAAGAAUACACGGAACUUCCACGGGAGGCUGAAUGGCAGAAGGGAUCAGUGGCCAAGAGUUGGCCUACCGAGGGCACGGUGGAGUUUAAGGACUUGAAAAUUCGUUACCGGGAAGGGUUGGAAUUGGUUAUUAGGGGAAUAUCGUUGCAUGUUAACGGUAGUGAAAAGAUUGGAAUCGUUGGAAGAACUGGCGCUGGCAAGUCCAGUUUAACGCUAGGAUUGUUCAGAAUUGUGGAAGCCGCCGGCGGUCAGAUCAUCAUCGAUGGGGUCGAUAUAGCGAAAAUAGGCCUCCAUCAAGUGCGUGGUCGUUUGACGAUUAUUCCCCAGGAUCCGGUUCUGUUUUCGGGAAACCUGCGAAUGAACAUCGAUCCUUUCGGAAGCUACAGUGACGAUCAGGUGUGGAAAGCUUUGGAGUUAUCACAUCUGAAAAGCUUCGUCAAGGGACUGUCGGCUGGGUUGGAGCACGAAAUCGCUGAGAACGGUGAAAAUCUUUCCGUCGGUCAACGACAACUGGUUUGUUUAGCUCGUGCGGUUUUGCGAAAAACGAAGGUGCUUAUCCUGGAUGAAGCUACGGCUGCCGUUGAUUUGGAGACCGAUGACCUUAUUCAGAAAACCAUCCGCACGGAAUUCGCCGAUUGUACAAUCCUUACGAUUGCUCACCGUUUGAACACAAUCCUCGAUUCGGACCGGGUCUUGGUGUUGGACAAGGGACUGGUUGCCGAAUGUGAUGCGCCACAGGUUCUGUUGGCAGAUAAGAACUCCAUUUUCUAUGGAAUGGCGAAGAACGCUGGUAUCGUCAGUUAGGUUAGUGACCCAAGUACAGGGUGAUUUUUUAAGAGCUUGAGAACUUUUUUAAACAAUAA